AUGGAUGCACCUGGCUUGCCAUCUCUACCAGAAAGCCAAUCUUCUGGUAUUCCAGCUGCUUCAAUCCCUGCAAGUGAAAAUGCUACCACGAUGUCCCCCGAAGACCGACGUGCGUUUUACAGGUCCCUUGUGGACCGCAUGACGUGUUGGAGAAUCACAAGAAACGAUAGUCCAUACGAGUUCUGGACUAAGCCAUUGCCCACAGAGCCUAUGCCAUACCUCCACAGUGCCAAGGAUUUCGUCGAUUUUCUAACAGAGAACUGCUAUGCGGCCCAAAUGGACAAACGAGAUGAGCACGAAAGUGCAGAACUCACCGCAUACUACAGUGCAGCCAAGGGCAUCAAGAUAAAUCAUGAUAAUCUCCAAGAUCUGGCGGACACGUUGAGGCAGUGGCUAGCGCAACUGGAUCACGACUUUUUCUUCGGCCUGUUAACACGCCCGGUCAGCGUUGGAGGAACUUGGAUGCCCAAUGAGAUAGGUUUUGAUCUAACGAUCAUGGACGCUUAUGAUCGGUUGGAACUUCAGGACACAGGGGAAAUCACAAGGGUAAGCACAGGGUUCUACGCUCCGGCCCUGAGAGAAAUCUUCAUCUUCACUAAAGGCCUUGAAGUUCCAGACUCAAUUUAUAGGACAAAAUGGACUAUAGAGAGUUUUGAGAGCCGCAAAAUUGCCUUGAAAGUCUGCCCGCAAACCUUUGAGCAGCUGGUGGUUACCUUGGUCCAUGAAUUGUGUCAUCUUGCUAUUGACGUUUUCGGCUUUUAUGAACAGAGCAAGGAAGGCAAGCUUCUCAGGAUGAGGGAAGUCACCCAUAAUGAGUAUCAUGGGGAGGCAUUCACAGCCCUGCACCAGUUCAUUAUGGAACAUCUGCAUAAAUGGGCACCUAAUUCUGAUACAUUUAGGAAAUGUGCUGAAGAAACGCAACAACUAACAGAGAAGGGGAAGCAUCGUCCUUGGGCAGCAAGUGGGUCGGCGUUGACCGUAGCUCUAGUGCUGCUGACAUUGUAUGGUAACUCAUUAUUGUGUGUUAUUGGACUUCAGAGAAAUUACCGCUCGAUCGACCUAAGUUGGAAGGGCGUACUUGUGAACAUGUUUUUUUACAGGCUUAUUGGUAACCAGCCGAUGUCGUCAGACCCAGGUAAUAACUUGACCCGCAUACAAUUGGGCGGCAUGGUCGUUAUUGGGAAGACUCUCUAUUGGCUCCUAUUUGUGAGACGCCGUAAGCCGGGAUACGUUCUCGUCGUAUGA